AUGGCGGCCCGCGGUCCUGCUGGGAAGCGUGGUGCCGGGUCCGGGGGCUCGCGGGGGUCGGAGCCCCAAGAGGAGCCUCCGCCUCCGCUGCAGGCCGUCCUGGUGGCCGACAGCUUCAACCGCCGCUUCUUCCCCAUUUCCAAGGACCGGCCGCGGGCUCUGAUUCCUCUGGCAAACGUGGCCAUGAUAGAUUACACCCUGGAAUUCCUCACUGCAACCGGGGUGGAGGAAACCUUCGUCUUUUGCUGCUGGAAGUCCGCAGAGAUCAAGGAGCAUUUACAAAACUCUAAGUGGUGCCAUCCGACAUCGCCUAACAUUGUGCGGUUUGUCAUCUCAGACCUGUAUCGUUCCCUCGGCGACGUGUUGCGCGAAGUUGACAUCAAGUGUCUUGUUCGUUCUGACUUUAUCCUGGUCUCUGGGGACGUGGUGUCCAAUAUUAAUAUUUCUACCGCUUUACAGGAACACAGGACACGGCGUAAGCUGGAGAAGAAUGUGUCUGUAAUGACAAUGAUAUUUCAAGAGUGUUCGCCAGGACAUCGGGCCCGAUGUCCGGAGGACGAUAUUAUCCUGGUUAUGGACAGCGCUACGAAACGCGUGCUCCACUAUCAGAGGACGCAAGGACUGAAGCACUUCGGUUUUCCCAUGAGCUUGUUUCACAGCCACGUCGAAGAAGUGCAAGUGCGGAACGAUUUGCUGGACUGCCAUAUUAGCAUCUGUUCUCCCCAGGUGACCGAGCUGUUUACAGAUAAUUUUGAUUAUCAAACUCGGGAUGACUUUGUACGUGGCUUGUUGGUGAAUGAAGAGGUCCUUGGAAACCAGAUCCAUAUGUACGUGACCUCAGAAGAAUACGGCGCCUCUGUUUCCAAUUUGUCGAUGUACGAGUCGGUGUCCUCGGACAUUCUGCAACGUUGUGUCUAUCCCAUAACCCCAGAGAUGAACUUCAUCAACGGGAAGCAGAGCUGCACUCAUUCCCGCCACAAUAUUUACCGGGGUGCUGAAGUUAGUCUGGGCCAGGAGAGCGUGCUGGAAGAGAACGUACUCGUGGGGCAAGGAACGUCAGUGGGCAAAAAAUGUUGCAUAACCAACAGCGUCAUUGGGCCCAAUUGCAAAAUAGGUAACGGCGUCCUUCUGGACUGGGCUUUCCUGUGGAAUGACGUCCAUAUAGGAGACGGUGUAAAAAUCUAUCAGUCCAUCGUUUGUGACGAGGCAGAGGUGAAGGAAGGCGUAACGCUGAAUCCUCAUUGCGUCCUCACUUCCCAG